GUGUGGACAGGAGAGGGGUGGGAGGAGCAGAAGUGGGUGGAGGUGUGGUGGAGAGAGUGUUUGUGCGUUCCUGCACGGGGCGGGCUGAGUCGCACAAGUGGAACCCAGAGAGAAGGAGGACUAAGGCUUCUCAACAGACAGGCAGCGAAUCAAACAAUCAACAUGUUGGUCCUUCUAGCCCUCAUUUUCCUCCUACACGUCGCCGGCAUUAUCCUGCUGCUGGUCGCCACCAUCGACAAUGUAAGUACUCGACAUCACAUUCGUUGCCUCCCCACAUCCUGUUUCCUCCAAGCGUAUCACCCACACACACUGAGAGAUGUUGAACUAGAACUGCUGCUAUUGGCUCCUCGGAUGAUCUUCAGCUCUAUCUCUCUGAGUGUGUCUGUGUGUGUAUUGGUGUAUGUGUCUGUUUGUGUGUAUUGGGGUAUGUGUCUGGGUGUGUGUAUUGGUGCAUGUCUCUGUGUCUGUGUGUAUUGGUGUAUGUGUCUGUGUGUAUUGGUGUAUGUGUGUGUUUGGUGGAGUUUUCUAUUCUUUUUUUGCUGUCGUACGUGUCUGUCUCUUUAUCUACCUCCAUUUAUCUUCCUAUCUGUCUCUCUCUCUCUCUCACACCCACUUACACACACACACACUCACACACACACACACACACACAACACACAACACAACCACUUCUCACCAACAACCUUUCCCCUCCCUCGGCCUCCACCCCCAGGCCUGUGCAUCAUGAUCGCGGCCUCCAUCUACACGGACAUCUUCCACAAGCAGGAGACGAACGGCUGGUACGGCCACAGCUUCAUCCUGGCCUGGAUCUCCUUCGCCUUCACCUUCAUCUCCUGCGUCAUCUACUUCGUCCUCCGCAAGAAAACGGCGUGAGGAAGAGGACGAUGAAGAAGAAGGGCGAGCGAGGCCGUGCCAGGAGUGAGCAUCCUCGGCUGUGAUCUUUAUUUGUAUUUUUUUCGUACUGGCGAGUUUCUUGGUUUUUCUCGUAUGGUGUUUACGUUUUUGUAUUGUAAGGCCUUGAACUUUGUUGAUUAUCGAUAUAGCCCUCGACAUUCCUAUUUCUUGCGUCGCGAUGACUCCAAUGUACCGUGUUCCCACUCCACUAACACCUCAGACAAAGCCAAGGAUAACAUACACUUUAUGAAUAGUUGUGUUCGCAUAUUGAAUCAAGCAUCACCUCGUAAUAUGAUGAUGUUGUGUUACUAAACAGUACUGUUCUGUAUUGUUCAUAUUUCGUUAUUCAAUUGGAAUGGGACUUGUGGGAGAGAGUUUGCACUUAAGAUACCGCCCCCUUUGCCCUCUCUUUCAAAACAGGCCACAGCAUGGUCAUAAUUGCAGGCGCCGACUUAAAACAUUGAGCCUUAGCUAGAUGAAUUUCUCCGUUAGACACAUAAUAAUAUUAGCGUACAGAGAGAAACGCCCAGAAUCAGAUGGAUUGUGACCUCAUCAGAACGCAGCAGAGCGGAUCCUAUUUCCUCAUUACUCCAAAUGACUUAGAGCUCCUGUAGGGUGUGCUGAACGGAGCCGUGUCUUCACCGGCCACUCGGGGCAGCAUCUGCAUUUCAAAACCCAGACAGACAAGCAGACAGGCAGACAGACAGACAGACAGACAGACAGACAGGCAGGCAGGCAGGCAGGCAGGCAGGCAGGCAGACGUGCCACUAAGAUAAAUCACCCCAGGGAUGUGUCUCACGGUUGGUAUGGGACGAGGUCAUUCGAAUCAAGUGUACCUUAAGUAUGACCUGUUUUUGUGAACAGUCCAUGUCAGCGAGAUAGAAGACAAACAGACAGACAGACAGCAUGACCGACGGACAGAGAUCAUGAAUCUCUGUCCGUCGGCUACAAUGUUCCCUUUUACUGCACGUUCAAAUACAUGUGUAAAGAACAUGUUUGGUUACCUGUAUGUCAUGUAUGUCUGAUGUAAGUUUAUUUUUGUUACUUUGUUGAUUAUUAUUAUUAUCAUUAUGAUAUUGUUAAUGAUUUAUAUUAAAACUAAAUUGAAAUAUU